AUGUGCUUUCUCGAUGAUACCUUCCAGAUGCCAUAUGAAUAUUACCAAAGCGGAGACUUGUUGAUUGGAACAAUUGCUUCCCAGUUUGGUAUGCUGUCUGAUGGAAUGGUUUUCGAUGAGCAUCCCAGCACAAAGUUUGAAAACGAACUAAUGUAUGGAUUGUGGAUUAUGACAGCUCACUGGGAUUUCUCAUCACAAGCUGUUCACAGGCUUUUUGAUAUACAUGCCUUUGACGGUACACUGUCUUUUGCAAUUCAUUCAAAAGAAAUGUUGGCAUUUUCAGAAUUCCUUCAGACACUUCAUCCUAGUUCAUCAAAAAGAAAUGAUUUUCUUACACUUUUCUGGGAAGAGGCAUUCAGUUGUUCUUUUUCUGAAUCUAAUGAAGUUAUUAAGAGGCCUACAUGCACUGGGCAAGAAAGGCUGGAUGAUCUCCCAAGAGUUCUUUUUGAAGUAAGCAUGACAGGCCAAAGCUACAGCAUCUACAAUGCAGUUUACAUGCUGGCACAUGCUUUAGAUGGGGUUUAUAAAUCUAAGACAAGCCGAAAAGUAAUGGCAUACCCGGGUCCACCAGAUCCUUCAUAUCUUCAGUCAUGGCAGCUUCAUUCUUUCUUGAGGAGUGUCAUAUUUAACAAUAGUGCUGGAGACACUGUGGCUUUUGAUGAGAAUGGGGAAUUAGCAGCUGGAUUUGAUAUUAUGAACUGGGUUACUUUCCCAAACCAAUCCUUUUUAAAAGUUAAAGUAGGAAGUAUGGACCCUCAUGCUUUCUUGGGCAAAGAGUUCAGCAUUAAUGAAGAAGCCAUUACAUUGCACAACACCUUCAAUCAGGUGCUGCCUAUUUCACUGUGUAGCGAUAAAUGCCAUUCAGGUUAUAUGAAGAAAAAGAUGGAAGGGAAAAUAUUUUGUUGCUAUGAAUGUAUUCCAUGUCCAGAUGGGAAAUUUUCAAACCAAAAAGACAUGGCUGAAUGUUCAACGUGUCCAGAUGAUCAGUAUCCCAACAAGAACCAAGAUGAAUGCCUUCCCAAAAGGAUGAACUUCCUCUCGUUUACAGAACCUUUGGGAAUAACUCUAACUUGCUUGGCUCUCUCCCUUUCUCUGAUCAACAUUAUGGUGCUCAAAAUAUUCAUCAAGAACAAGGACACUCCCAUUGUCAAGGCCAAUAACCGGAACCUCACUUACUCUCUCCUCGUUUCCCUAUUACUCUGCUCUCUCUGUACAUUUCUCUUCAUUGGCCAGCCUAAAAAAGUGACCUGCUAUUUGCGACAAACCAUUUUUGGUACUGUCUUUUCAGUAGCUGUGUCUUGUGUAUUGGCAAAAACCAUAACUGUGGUUGUUGCUUUCAUGGCUACCAAGCCAGGAUCCAGAAUGAGGAAAUGGGUGGGAAAAGGAUUGGCAAACUCGGUAGUUUUAAAUUGUUCUCUUAUUCAAGCCAGUAUGUGUGUUGUAUGGCUGUGUACUGCUCCCCCAUUUCCAAAUUUUGACAUGCACACAUUAGCUGAAGAAAUCAUUUUGGAAUGCAACGAAGGAUCCGUCACAAUGUUUUAUUGCAUUAUGGGCUACCUGGGAUUUCUGGCCAUGGUUAGUUUCAAUGUGGCUUUCUUUGCCAGAAAGUUGCCAGACAGUUUCAAUGAAGCCAAAUUCAUUACUUUCAGCAUGCUGGUGUUUUGCAGUGUUUGGCUGUGUUUUGUUCCAUCUUACCUGAGCACUAAGGGAAAGUACAUGGUGGCUGUAGAGAUUUUCUCCAUUUUAGCCUCUAGUGCUAGUUUAUUGGGUUUCAUCUUUUUCCCCAAAUGCUUCAUAAUUGUCCUGAAGCCUGAACUGAAUUGCAAGGACUACCUAAUCAGAAAAAAAUGA